CAUGUAUUGAUAGCCCUGUUUUCUUCUGCGAUGCAGUCAUCUGGAACAUCAACUACUAACGAAACAUGUACUCUUGGAUGGGAAAGCAUAGGACCAGGUUGUUACAGGCUUCCACCGUCUCUUCUAAAUAACUAUGCCUCUGCAAUUACGAUAUGUAACUCGAUAGGAGGUCAUCUAUUCGUUCCGAAUAGCUACGACGAGAUUACAGUUGCCGGUUCCUCUUACGUGCGACAAUGGCAGAAGUCGGGGUCCGAAUUUAAUACCUGGAUUGGGUGCAAAUACGAGAAAGAAGAUGAAUCAUUCGUUUGUACAGAUGGAUCGCGGCUGAACACCGACUUGUGGUAUGAUAACGUAAGAGUCGCGGAACCCGAAGAAAAACAGAUAUGUGCAACCCAGAAUGUAAUGAAUAGGUUGAUGGUGGUGACGUGUGAAGAUGACAAUUUGCUGACAAUUUGCGAAGCGGGAACUUUCCCCCGUCUUAAACAACACAGAGUUGAUUUCACACCAAGCAUCUUUGCUCCAGAUCCAGAUCGCAAGAGACGUACUCUGAUAAGUUACUGUCGCGAGGAUCACGUGAUUAAGCUAGCACCAAUGGGAGGCAAGCAACGUCAUGCCUUAGUUUGCAAAUAUAAAUGUUAUUAG